AUGGUCUCGGUGCGGGCGCUGCUCCGCAAGCACGAGGCCUUCGAGUCGGACCUGGCGGCGCACCAGGACCGCGUGGAGCAGAUCGCGGCCAUCGCCCAGGAGCUCAACGAGCUGGAUUACUACGACGCGCCGAGCGUCAACGCGCGGUGCCAGAAGAUCUGUGACCAGUGGGACCUGCUGGGCUCCCUGACCCACAGCCGCCGCCAGGCGCUCGAGCCGAAGCGCCGCACGGACUCCAGCGACUUCCGCGCGCUGCUGGGCACCGCGGGAUCCGGCCUGGGCGACGCGGAAUUCCAGCGGAUCAUGGCCGUGGUGGAUCCCAACGGCAGCGGCAGCGUCACCUUCCAGGCCUUCAUCGACUUCAUGUCCCAGGAAACCACGGACACGGACACGGCCGAGCAGGUCAUCAACAGCUUCCGCGUGCUGGCCGGGGACAAGAACUACAUCACGGCGGCGGAGCUGCGGCGGGAGCUGCCGGCGGCGCAGGCCGAGUACUGCAUCGCCCGCAUGGCGCCCUACCCCGGCCCCGACGGCGGCCCCGGCGCCCUGGACUACAAAUCCUUCUCCACGGCGCUCUACGGCGAGAGCGACCUCUGAGCGGGAUCCCAAACGGAUCCCCGAGGGUCUCCCUGGGAUCCCAAACGGAUCCCCGAGGGUCCUGGACUCCCCGGGAUCCCCCCGGGAAUCCCAAACGGAUCCCCGAGGGUCUCCCUGGGGUCCCAAAGGGAUCCUCAAGGGUCCUGGACUACAAAUCCUUCUCCACGGCGCUCUACGGCGAGAGCGACCUCUGAGCGGGAUCCCAAACGGAUCCCCGAGGGUCUCCCGGGAUCCCAAAGGGAUCCCCGAGGGUCCUGGACUCCCCGGGAUCCCAAACGGAUCCCCGAGGGUCUCCCUGGGAUCCCAAACGGAUCCCUGAGGAUCUCCCGGGAUCCCAAACGGAUCCCCGAGGGUCCUGGACUACAAAUCCUUCUCCACGGCGCUCUACGGCGAGAGCGACCUCUGAGCGGGAUCCCAAACGGAUCCCCGAGGAUCCCAAACAGAUCCCCGAGGGUCUCCCUGGGAUCCCAAACAGAUCCCCGAGGUUCCUGGACUCCCCGGGAUCCCCCCGGGAAUCCCAAACGGAUCCCCGAGGGUCUCCCCGGGAUCCCAAGGGAUCCCCGAGGGUCCUGGACUACAAAUCCUUCUCCACGGCGCUCUACGGCGAGAGCGACCUCUGAGCGG